CACCCAGGCCGCGCCCGUCCGUCCUACAGCCUGAAACCAGCACAACAACCCCUCCCCUCCCCCACCUGAUAACGUCUUUAUAUAGCCAAGACACACCAGGAUACCUGCAAAUCAAACAUGAAGGCAUUUCUCGCACUCGGAGUUGUGGCAUUCGUAGUGGUCUCCGUGCAGGGAGAGGUGUGUAACAGUAACAGUGACUGCACCAUCACCCAGUGUAACUCUGGUGGAACUAUCACAUGUGUAGCGGGAACCUGCACGUGCACCAGUGUGUGUUCUCCGGAUCCUGACCUAGCCAGAUGCAGAAACCAGAAUGACUGCCGUAACGCUUACAACAAUGGUCAGAUAGCCUGCACGUGCCAGCCUCUCUCCGACCUCCACUGUAUUGACGGCCAGUGUCACUGUGGCUACCCUACGGGCAACUGAGGGCACAGGAAAACGAGCUGAUGCAUGUGGAAAUAAAACGUCUCCUACUACCUCCA